CGACAAUACGGAGUGAUACGAAAACGAAACAUUUUUUUAGUGAAAUAAGUGAAAUUCAGCAAUAUUUCUUUAUUGUUUUAAUUUAAAUAACCAAAUAAUGUCUAAAACAGCUAAUGUAGUGGACGGAGAAGCUUCAGAGUCGGAGUCUGAAAUAGAAAUCGCCGAAACACCAAACCUUCAUGUGUCGCCGGGUCCAGAGCCGUUCGUGAUAGCCGGAGAGGCUCCCGAGUCUGAUGAUGAGUCGCACAUCUCGUCCCCGCACCCCAUGGAGCCGGGCGCCCCCCCAAGCCCCUCGUCUCCGCAGAGGAACCUCAUGCAGACCAACUUCAACUCGCUGCUGCACCAGAAACUGUGGGAGUGCAACGUGGGUCUGCGCGCGGCGCUGGAGGGGCUGCUGCGGCACUCGGCCGACAUCGCCGCCGAGAAGCUCACCCGGAGCGACCGCACGCUGCUCACUGUGCAGGAGAGCAUGCGUUCAACCAGCGCCAACCUGACGCUCGCGCGCGCGCGCCUCAAGCAGAUCCACGUCGGGCUGGACCGCGCCAACUGCGCCGCCGCCCUGCCUGGUGUCAGAGUGAGACAACUGUAGAUUCAGUAGUGAGACAGAUGUAGC